AGUUUAAUCGGUUCUACUGAAGACGUGAGAUGUAACAUUCAUUCAACGCGCAUCUCUCGCUAACACACUAUCCCUUGUUUGAGCUUCUGAAACAACGAAAAAUCCAAACCGAAAACAAUUCAUCCUGCACUUAAGUGCAUCGCAGCCAAAGUUUAAGUACGUCAACAGGAAUUAGUAUAGUAGUGUGUAGUUUGUUGUUGUUGUUGGUGUUGUUAAAAUUCUGAGUACAAAAGGGAUUUUUGACGUUCGUACUUAGAGAUACAUCAUAAUAAAUAGCGAUUAGUAUACACAAAGAACAAAAGAAAAAAACAACAACACGAGAAGAAAAAGAAAUAUUACCGAAUGUCACGCGUCUAAGCUUGAUAUUAAAAUCGCAGUGGGCCGUAUAUGUAUGGAAUAGCACAUUGAAUGCGACCCAUAACAUUCCGUAACCAGAAAUACAAACAAAAGCGACAACAACAACAAAUAAUAUCAAAUAAAAGGUGAAUUCAGUGAAAGAAUUCGACAUUUUUACCAUAUUAUACGGUUACGCAUACAUGUUUAGUCGAUGCGCAUAUCGUUAAAGGCGAUCCGUCAACGUUGUUGCGCAUAUAUCGCAUGCUGUGUGUUUUUUUCCCUUCUACUCUCUAUCUCUCUCGUGUGUUGUUCUGUGUGUGUUGUUUCGAUUCCCGUUCCACAUACUUUUCCCGUUUUCUCACGCUUAAUUCAGCUUUAUCUUCUGUUCAUACGUACAUCUUUUAUUUUUGUUGCUUUCCUGUGUUGAGCUAUAUUUUGGUGUUCGUUUUUUUGUUUGUGACAGAAAAUGUGAAUUUUGUGUGUAUUUGCAUCGCUAAGAAAUUGUGUGUGUGUGCGUUUCUUUUGUUUCAAUAUAUUUACAAGAGAGAAUGAGAGCGACAGACAUAAAAAAACACACGCCACACACAUAUCAAUAGAAAUUGAAACUGAAACAGCAAACCGAAAUGAAAUGAAACACACACAAAAAAAACUCAUCCAGUGAAUGAAUCAAUAUGUUCGGUUCGUAUGUAUCGUGGUGUUUUGCGCGACGGAUUCGCUUGCGAUUGCUACUAUUCAAAUUCAAAACUAAGUGAAUAAUCGUGUAUGUUUUUUUCUCUCUCGCGGUAUUAGAACAGUUUAUUCAGAAGCUUAAAGAGCGUUGAUUUUGUGCUAGUGCUGCUGCUGGUGUUACUGGUAGUAGUGUUGUUGCUGCCGCCGUUGCCGUUGUCGUAAAGAUUCAAAUUUGUUUUACCAAAGACAUAUAUCCCCAUGCGACCAUAGUCGAUUGCUUCAUGUGCCAAAAACAUGUUGUGUAUAGAUCGACACGACGUCGUUGUAAUUCAAACAAAAAAAAACAGUACGGAAUAUCUCUCGUAUGAAUGUGGUUGUAUUAGGGCUUGUAUGAAUAUAUAAUGUGAUAUAUCUUUUUAGAUGUUUUCUUUUCAUAUUCAUUCUCUCCGAUCCAUAGACGACGAAUGCAAACGUCGAUUCUGAAAUCCGCGAUCGCUUAUGUACUUUUUACAAUAUAUAUUUUAAAAAAAUUUCAAUAAUUUCAACAAUAAUUGUUGUUGUUGCCGCUGUUUUUCUUUAAUUUUAUGUAAAUUGUUUUUUUUCAUCUUCUUCGUGUUGUCGACCGAACUUUCCGGAUUUUCUAUGAAUAUUAUAGAUUUUUUUUCUUCUGUUCGCUCACUGUGUGUACUGUGGACUAUUGUGAAGAAGAUCGAACAUUUCAUUCCGGAUAAAUCCAUUGAUGGAAAAGUGUGAAUGAGAGUUAAGAAAUUGAGUAAAGUGUUCAGUGUUCAAUGUUUUCAAAUAACAGACUUCAUUCGAUUUUCGAGGCGAUUGGUGGCAGAUUGAACAUGAAAUGUUUUUAAAUUGAAUUUGACUCUUUUUUUGGUGAUCAUUUUUUUUUCAUUGUUGUUGUUGUUGUUAUACAUAUUUAUGUUCGAGUUUGCCACACAAAAAGAAAUGAAAAACUAGUGCCAAUUAAUUUUGAACUGAAGUGAAAGCAAAACCGCUAUAGAUAAAUUUUCAAUUCGACCCAAAUUCACGCAGUUUUGUGUGUCGGAUCUGUGCGAAGGAACAAAAACAACAUUCAAUACACAAAAAUUCCAAGAAAUCUUAUAUUUGCCGAUCACACACACACACAACACACACAAAGCCAAAUGAAAAGUGACAAGUACAGUAUGCCAGAAAUCUCAGAUGCGGUUACCAAUUCCGGCCCGGAAAUGUCAUCAAUCCUGGAAAACCUGCAGAAACACAAACUUAACACAACCACUCGGCAAAAUGUCGUCAAUUCCAGUUCGAGUAGCAUCAAAGAGACGUCGUCGUCGUCGUCGUCUUCGACAUCAUCUUCGCAACAGGUGCUCAACAGUAGCAGUACAUCAUCGACGAAGUCCAGUACGACAACAUCACGAGUAGCCAAAGCCUCAUCCUCACAAAGAUUGCAUCACGUGUCUUCCUCGUCGUCAACUCAAUCGUCAUCCGAAAUGAAGGCGAUGGCAUUGAAGCGUGACCUCAACGACAUCAAAAAUUCCAUGUCGGAAAUAAGUUCUCUGGCUUCAAUGGCCCAACCGCCAUCGAUAACCGCCGACGAAAUCAGUUUGUCCAAUUCAUCGAUAUCGGAAUUGCAAAAGAGAUUAAGAUCUUCAUUAGAAAAUAUUGUCGAUGUACCGGACGAUGAAGAGCCUCUCGUCACUUUCCCCGACGAAGGCAAUGGCCGAGAAUUAGAAUUAGAUCUGAGACAUGCCCAGCAGUUAGUUCCAUGCGCAUCUAAUGAAUUGUCCAGCGUGGCCGUUGGUGAUUUGACUACAACGGAUACCGUGAAAUUCGAAGAGAAGCGCACAAUGUCAGCAUCCAAAACAAAAGUGAUCAAAGAUGGAUUCAGUAGCGAGCAGGCCACAAGUAAUGCAAGUGAAAUGAAGCGAUUACAAGCGGGCGAUAUUGACUAUAAAGAAGCAAAGGCAGCGUCAGCAAUUCGCAACAAAUUCGAAGUGGAUGGAAUAAAAGCCGAACAAAAUGCAUCAGUAUUAAAGGAGGCGCGAUCAUUUAAAUCGGGCGACAUUCAACAGCAGGAAUCCAAUAAUAGAGCGGCAGCUUCGAUGAAAAUCCACAGUGAUACAUUUAGCGCCGAAAAGAAAGCAAUGAAACAAGCACAACAACGACAAACCGUCACAUCGACGGGCAUUUUCAAUCAGGAGAAACAUGUUUCAUCCGCAUCACAGUCCAAUUAUAUGAUCACAACGAAGGGAAUGUGCAGCACCGGCAGCAGCAUGAUUACAUCGUCACAGUCGAGUAAAGCAACGAAUAGUCAUGUAUUACUUGAGGGUUCGUCAAAUCUUGACGAUUUGGAAAAAUUGUCAUCGAACAGCAAUCAGAAAGAUGUUGAAACGGCCAUCGUUAAAUAUUCCCAACUCUUAAAUUCCAACGUGUCGAUGUUGCAACAAUCCGAAAUGACAAAAGUGCCGAGCGUUUUGGAUUCCAUCAAUACAGUGAUACAAAAAGCAUGGGCUGUACCAACGCACGGUCAUCAAUUGGGCUACAGCCUUUGCAAUACACUUCGAAAUAAUGGCGGUUUGGAUUUGUUGAUGGAUAAUUGUGCGCAACGUGAUAAUAAAUUGCAAUUCUCGUCGGCGCGUCUGCUGGAACAGUGUUUAACCACCGAAAAUCGAUCUCAUGUCGUUGACUAUGGUUUGGAGAAGGUGGUGAACGGUGCGUGUGUUUGCACCAAGCAUGCCACAACCGAUCAUUCACGCGUUGGAACGGGCAUUCUGGAAAAUCUAUUCAAACACAGCGAAGGAACGUGUUCGGAUGUAAUUCGAAUGGGCGGUUUGGAUGCCGUUCUUUUCGAAUGCCGUAAAAAUGAUGUGGAAACGUUGCGCCAUUGUGCUAUGGCAUUGGCCAAUCUCUCAUUGUACGGUGGUGCCGAUAAUCAAGAAGCAAUGAUCAAUCGUAAAGUUCCCAUUUGGUUGUUCCCGUUGGCGUUCCACACCGAUGACCUCAUCAAAUAUUAUGCAUGUUUGGCCAUUGCCGUUCUCGUUGCCAACAAAGAGAUCGAAGCCGAAGUGCUGAAAUCGGGCACAUUGGACUUGGUCGAACCGUUUGUUACAUCACACAAUCCAUCCGAAUUUGCCAAAUCGAAUUUGGCUCAUGCGCACGGCCAAAGCAAACACUGGCUCCAACGUUUGGUGCCCGUGUUGAGCUCGAAUCGAGAAGAGGCCCGCAAUUUGGCCACAUUUCAUUUUUGCAUGGAAGCUGGCAUAAAGAAGGAACAAGGCAGCACCGAAAUAUUCCGUGAGAUUGGCGCAAUUGAACCGCUGAAAGUGGUUGCCAGUUGCCCGAAUGCGAUAGCAUCAAAGUUUGCCGCUCAAGCAUUGCGUUUGAUUGGCGAAGAAGUGCCGCACAAGUUGUCGCAACAAGUGCCAUUGUGGUCGGUGGAAGACGUCCGAGAAUGGGUUAAGCAAAUCGGAUUUGCCGAGUACGAGAAGAAUUUCUCCGAUUCACGUGUUGACGGCGAUUUGUUGCUCCAAUUAACCGAAGAGAAUUUGCGCGAUGAUAUUGGCAUCGAAAAUGGAAUCCGGCGACGACGAUUCAAACGCGAAUUGGAGAAUCUAAAGAAAAUGGCCGAUUACAGUUCCAAAGACGUUGCAAAUAUUUGUAAUUUCCUGCAAUCAAUUGGACAGGAGUUCACCAUUUAUACGUAUUCCAUGUUAAAUGCUGGCGUUGACAAAGAAUCAUUGAAAAAUCUCACCGACGAUCAACUGGUCAUGGAGUGUGGCAUCAAGAAUUCCAUUCACCGUUUCCGCAUUUUGAACACGAUCAAAUGCAUGGAGAAUUCGUUGGCUCUGUCCACCGAAGAUAAUAUGGACAAAACAUUGGAUGUAUUUGUGAGCUAUCGAAGGAGUAAUGGAUCUCAGUUGGCUAGUUUAUUGAAAGUGCAUUUGCAAUUGCGCGGCUUCUCAGUAUUCAUCGAUGUGGAACGUUUGGAGGCGGGCAAAUUUGAUAACAAUCUGCUGAACAGCAUUCGUCAGGCGAAACAUUUUAUUUUGGUGCUAACACCAUCGGCACUCGAUCGUUGUAUCGAAGAUGAAGAAUGCAAAGAUUGGGUUCAUCGAGAAAUUGUAGCGGCGCUCACAUCAAAUUGUAAUAUAAUUCCAAUAAUUGACAACUUUGCAUGGCCCGAAACCGAAAAAUUGCCAGAAGACAUGCGAGCCGUGUGCCAUUUUAACGGUGUUCGAUGGAUCCAUGACUAUCAAGACGCUUGCGUUGAUAAGCUUGAGCGAUUCAUGAGAGGUGAACGUGACAAUAUAAUGGCAGCCUAUCGAGCAGCACUUCGUGGCGAUGCAACGCCAAACACACCCAGCACGGCAUCAUCGUCACGGCAAAAUCCAUUGACCUACCAAAGAAUGCACAGUAAUGAUUCCGACAAAGAGAAAGACAGUGGCCGUGCUUCAGAUUGACUAGAUGCCACCCCCUCCGCCAAUUCAAAUAACACUACCAAACCAAAUUCAUCACCAAAUCAAAAGCAAAAAUGGCUAACCACCACCUUGCCCAGCGGUGGUCGCAUAAAUAAAUGCGUCAAAGCGGUGCCAGUAACCAAACCCGAUACGAAAUCAGCUCGUAGCCAAAGUUUGGAUGCCAUCGAUGGAAAUGAGGAAAUCAGUAGUGUACAUUUGAAGGAGGGGGUCUCGGAAAAUAAUAUUAGUGCCGAUACGAAUCGGCAAAAUGCCAUUCACAAAAGUGAUGACGACAACACAACGAACAAUGCAAAUUCUAAAACCGAUGACAACAAAAGUAACAUAUGCUUGAAUCGCAGCGAAGACAGUAGCAUUGGUUCAACGACAUCAUUGAAUAACACCAUUAAUUCCGAACCAAAUCCAUCGGGUAGCAGUAGCAUGCUAAAUCAAGAUGACACCAAAUCCAACUCAACCACUUCGAGCGCUCAAUAUUCAAUGACCGACAAUUCAGAGAGCGAACCAAAACGCACAUUGCUUAAUAAAUAUGUGAAAAAAGUGAAAUCAUUGAUGAAAAAAUGAUUCGGUUGAUUUUUCUCUCUCUCCUUUCAUUAGCCAUCAAUUUUGUUUUUGUCACAUAUGAGAGGAAACAAAAAUGAUGCAAAGAAGAAAAAGAAAACGAAAAAAAAAACCUUUUGUUGAUCAAAGGAUUCUCCUAAUGAAAAUCAUUUCAUUUUAAAUUAUUAUUUUUUAUUAUCGUCUAUCAAAUAGAACGGCCAUUUGAUUUGUUAUUUAGCAUGUACAGACAGACACAACACACAGAUUUAAUGAAAAUAUCAAGCAUCUAGACUAUAGAAAUGUUUCUAAAUAAGGGAUAUUAACCGUGAUAUUAUUAUUUAUAUGUUAAAUUGGAAAAAAAGAGAGAAAAAGAGAGAAGAGAAGGGGAAGAAAGAAGAUUUUUAAUAUAUUAAUAUUUAAAUAUAAUGUUCGUGUACGUCCAGAAUAAUUGUUCUAUAUUUUCACAAGGUAUGCUCUCGAUUUAACGCUUUAUACACAAAAUCACGCCCAUACAUACAAAACAAAUCACUCUCAGAGACAGUGUUGGGAAUAUACCUGUCGUGCCUUCGAUUUAAUUUUCUUUUGAAAUGACAUAAAAAAAAGAGAAAACAAUAACAAGAAGCUGUAAGAAUUUCAUUGCCGUUUGGAAUGGUGCAAUUAUUAUCUUUAUAAUUUUUAUUUUGAUAUGAUAUAAAACAAUUUUUUUUUAACUCGAACUAUCCGCUUUCUGUCACCGCUUGACAAACAUAUUAUACACCUUGUAUAUUUCGUACUCAUAAAAAAAUAAUUUUCUAUUUGCAACAAAUUCUGUUAAUUUUUUUUAAUUAUUAAGUCAAAUAAAUGUUUCUAAUGUCCAAAA